CGCGCGAAAUCGAUUUUACCACAUUUUCCGAGCCCACCGCGAGCUAUGCUUGUGAAAUCUGUUACGGAAUUUUCCUCGUAUGUUCAAGUGACGAAAAUAAAUAGUUAUUGAUAGAAAUAACAAUAAAUUUCCUUAAAUUGCGAUCAAUAAUAUCGUUCAGAUUUUUCUUUAUUUAAUCUGUGAUCUCCGCGCCAAAGGACCAGUGUCCGGUAGACAUGAUCGGCAUGCGGUCGGCGUGAGAUGGACGGUAUACAAAUGGAGCCCAUCGGCAAAUACAAAGCCGACAGGAACGGUUCGGCUAAGGCAGCUGCUUGGCGCAACAUGGUGGACCAGGAUCUUGACGAUGUCGCUUUUCUUGCUGACACAGACAAAGCCAGGGAGGCGCGGGAACUCCGCGAGGCGCCGGUCGCUGUGUGUUCACAGAGACGAGCUCUAUGCCUUGCUGCUCUAGUAUUUUCGGCUAUGUUCGCGACUGCUCUGCUCGUCGUCUAUGCUACACCUCAAGCUGAUUGUCCGUGUGCGGGCGAAAACCCGCUGGUGCCCGGCUCGCCGCCGGCCGGCUCCGACGCGAGUAACGCGGCUGCUAACAAGGAGAGGAUAGCAAGCAACGGCGCUGUUUUCCCAUGGCGCGGCGCCAGACUCCCAACCUUCGUUAUUCCGAAGCAUUACAACCUCUGGCUCCACCCCAAUCUCACUACUGGCGAAUUAAGAGGCGAAGUGUCAAUAGACUUCAAAGUGGAUCGUGACACAUCGUACGUCGUCCUCAACGUGCGUGACAUGAACGUGACAGAACGGGCAUUGUUCAAAGGUGGCGGAGUUUUAGGGCCCAAAGUGCUAAGAAGCUUGGAUUAUCUGCCCGCUGACCAGACUUACAUCGAGUUUAAAGAGAAACUGCGUCGCAAAUACAACUACACUCUGAGUCUGAGGUUCAUCACAAAAUUGGAGAGGAAUGAGAAACAGCGGGGCUUCUUCAUGACAGGCACUCACAAACAUCGCUGUGCAGUAUCAAGGUUCUGGUUGACGCAUGCGCGCUCCGCGUUCCCUUGUCUCGACGAGCCACAUCUGAGAGCCACCUUCAAAUUAACCAUCGUCCGAGACAGAUUCCACGUGUCUUUGACUAAUAUGCCGAUAAUGGCUACGGAGGAAGCUGGAUUCUAUUUAGGACAUCGUCUGCUGCAAGACGAGUUCGCCCAAUCACCCCCGAUGCCCCCCCACAUGAUGUCAAUGGCUGUAUGUCGCCUCCAACGGCGAGCCGCCCCCCCUCUGCCCACUGAGGCCACUAUUAACGAGACAACACCGAAUGACGUCACUACAGUCGAAACUUAUACAACAACGGACAUGGAGGACGAGAAUAUUGUACUGCCUCCACCAGAAAUCAGUCUAUAUAGUGAUCAACAAGUUAUAUUGGAUGAAUCUGGGCCUCUCUUGGAGUGGGUUCAAAAGACAAUUCAACACUUCUCGUUUGAAUUGAACACGUCGUAUCCUCUACCUAAAUUUGACAUCGUGGUAGUAGAAGGCGGUAACCAGUAUUCUGAAGGGUGGGGGUUGAUCACCCUCUCCCCCGCAAUGUUGUCUGACACUAAGACUCUGGCCAGACUCCUCGCUCAGCAGUGGUUCGGCGGCCUAGUGUCUCCGCGGUGGUGGAGCUCCCAGUGGCUCAUGGAAGCCCUAACGUCGGUCCUGGCUGAGAAAGCACCCGCGUAUGGUGACGUCACAGCUGAGAGACAACUCGACGCUUUGCUACUAGACCAUGUGUUGCCAGCUUUAAGACUGGAUUCGAGUAACUCAGUGCGGGCUGUGGCGUCGCCGAGACUGGAAAGAGCCGAUAUUGAGGCGGCUUCCGACGAACUUUCAUUGCAUAAAGGCGCGGCGAUAGUAAGCAUGGCCAUAGAAGCGGCCGGAGACGCGGCCGGGCGCGCGGCGCUGGCGCGGCUGCUGCGCGCCCACCGCGCCGCCAGCGCCGACGCCAGGGACCUAUGGCGCGCAUUGGAGAGGGAAAGCAACACGUCGCUAAGCUCAGCGUGGGAUGGGUGGUGCUCCCUGGCGGGGUACCCGCUGCUGGGCACCGCGGCGUUCGGCGGCGACGUGCUCGUGCGCCAGGUGAGAUUCGUGAUGCAAGCGCCACAGCCGCGGAAUGAACCCUCGAUGGCUCAGUUUGCGAUCACUGAAGAUCUAAGAACAGAUCUCAACAAUGUAUUUUAUGAGCCCGAAAACUACACAGAAACAGAGGAGGAUGUGAACGCGACAACGACCACAACCCCCGCCCCCACCACCAGGAGGUACCCUAAAACCACCCCAGCACUACCGGAACCCAAGUGGAUAGUACCACUGACGUUUGUAGUGGGACCACUAAAGGAAGAAGACACAAAGAUUGUUAAGAAUUCCACCGAAGUUUUGCACAAUUCUACUUGGUAUGACGUAGGCAAUGACACAAAACCAGUGAGGAUGUCGCGAUGGGCGCAGAACGUCACACAUCUCAUAUGGAUGAACGACACAGAAAUGACCAUUCCGGACUUGGGCAAGCAUAAAUGGGUCCGAUACAAUGUCGGAGCCCGAGGGCUGUACAGGGUCGCGCCGGAUGACAGAUACACGGACGAUACAGAAACAGACGAGGAAGCGAUAGUCCGCGCGGCCGCGAUGUACGACAGCGGAGCGCCCGCGGAGAGGGCGCUGCUGCUGGACGAUGCGUUCGUGCUGGCGCGCGCCCGCCGGCUGCCGGCCAGCCGCGCCAUCGCCGCCGCUUCCCGCCUAACAACAGAAACGCAUUGGGCACCAUGGCGCGUGGGACUCAGCCACCUCUCGUGGUGGAGACAGCUGCUCGCGCUCGGCAGCUCCGGGCCCGGGGUCAACGACCUGCUGGCCAAGCUCCACCCCCCCAAUGUUCCGCUCUACAGCGACAGGGAGAUCGACGCUGGGGGGCUGAAUGAGGAUCAACUUUGGCUCAGUGGCGCCCUGCUGCGGGCGGGCGUGGAGUGGCGCAACGCGAAGGUGACCAAACAAGCCACUGAGCUGUUCGAUGUCUGGCUCAACACCAACCAGACGAUACCAGACAUAUACCAGGAGGCGGCGUUCACUGCGGGCAUACGUUCGCACGGCGAGCUCGCUUGGCGAGCAUGUUGGCGAGCGCUGAUGACGUCACUCGCCGCGCCACGACCUCUGUACAACCACAAGGCGCUGCUCAACGCGCUGGGUUCUUCACCAGAUGAUUGGCUUUUUAACAAGUUUGCAGUAGUGGUAAUGUCGAACGAGGCCCGUCGCUCACUGGAUUGGGCCGACUGGGCCACCUCGCUGUGCGAUUCUGCUUGCAGAUGGCGCGGCGCCGCGAGCGCCCUGCGCGUGUGUCGCGGUGACCACUUGCCCCCGAGCGCGCUACAAGCCGCCGCAAGGUGCAUACAUCUAGCCGAAGACUACCACACGUUCAAAAACGCCUUCGGCUCUCUCCCGGGCGGGCCCGAAGCCCUAGAUAUAAUCGCCCUGAACAUAAACUGGAUGGAGCGCGCGGACGCCGACAUAGCGCGGUACUUCACCGUCCUGGACAGGAGCAAACAGUAGCGGCCGUGGCGGCGGGUUUAUAUCGGAAACAGAAACGGUACGUUUGGCAUUAUUUACUAUCCGUGAUAAAAAAAAAGAAAAAAGCAAAUUUUUUGUUUUUUUUUUGGUUAAUGUGUUUUUUUUGUGCGAAAAGUUUAGGAAUAAAUGUUUUUUUUUUUAUAAUUGUGAUCUCAAAUACGUGUGGAAGUUUUUGUUUGUAGAUAAUGUUAAUAUUAAUUAUUAAGUAAAUAAAUGUUUAUUUGCUUUGAAAAAUGUGUGUAUAAAGUAUUACGGUAUUUUUUUUUUCUAUAAAUUGAUAUUUUUGGAAUGCGAAACGAAGUGGGAAAAUUAUAUUUAGUAUUAAUAUUCCAUUUAUUGUGUAAGAUUUAUUUGUAUGAAACAGAUAAAAGUAAAUUAGUGGACAAAUUGUUUAAAAUCUAAACUGCUGAUAACUACCAAGAUUAUUUUUAAAGUAACAAAAAAGUUUGGCUAACUACCUAUUUGUUUUUAAAUAACGAAUGUGAAAAAAUAUAUUUCAAAUUUAUAUUGGAAUGACAGAAGACGUGUACAAUAUGUGGUUGAUAUUUAAAAAAAAUACUUUCUCAAAAUAUUACAUUAUUUAAAAAGUUUGGGCGAUUCUAAUUUUUAAAAAUGGAAUGUUUCUGGAAUAAACUUCGACCGCGGAAGUUUUUGAAAUUGGAAACGACUUAAAAAUAAUAUACCUAUCACGUGACUUACUGUAUGCCUAUGCAAAAAAUAUAUCGGCUUUUUAUCUUCCAUAGUUUUUACUAAAUCUAGUCAACAUAUGAAUAUUAUACAUAUUCUGUUACAUAAUGCGUUCUAUCUAUUUUUUAAGAGAAAUUCCGAUUAUCAAGAUGUAUUAUAAAUUAUAACACGUGACAUACAUAUAUUUGCUAAAUUCAUGAAUUCGUUUUUUUGUAUUUAAGUCACUUCGAGUUUCGACAAGAAUUAAAUAAACAAGUCAAAGUCAAGUUCAAAAAAAAAAGAAAUAAUGUUGACCAACAAGUCUUUUCCAAUAUAUAUAUAUAUUUAUAUAUAUAUAUUUAUAUCGGACGUUAUAAUACAUCUUGUUAUCAGCUGUAAUAUGUUUCUUUUAUUAGCUCAAUAUGCACUGGUCGUUUUCUCACUCGACAACUCAUAGAAAACAUAUAUCCUUAUUUUGUAAAGAUAUAUAGUCCUUGCGAUAAUUAAUGCUUCAUAUAUAUGUUCAUUGUCAUAGUAAAAUAUUAACUUGCUAUAGAAAUAUUAACUGAUUUUGAUCAGCAUACACAAUAAAAAAAAAAACUAAUUCAAAAUCGUAUUUUAUAGAGGCUGAUCAAAACGGGUCUCAUUCUGAAAGUUUUUAUAAAUUCAAGUUCGCUAUAAUUAUAAGAUCAGUAUUAUCAUAAAUAUAGAGUUUAAAAUAUUUUAAAUUAUACGUCAGUUAUCUAAUAUAUUCACAGUUAUUUGCGCACGAACAUAUACUUUUAUCAUAUAGACGUAACUAUCAGAAACAUUUUUAGAAUUAUAGAAAAAUAUCAAUAUUUCACAUUUAAAAAAUUCACAAUACAUUCGUAUAUACAGAUAUUUUAAAAUUCGUUAUAAUUAUGCUUACUGCUUAUUAUUUUCCGUUUUAGAUUAUUGAGAAUCAUCCGGUAACAUUUUUAGAAAAUCUUUUUUUUAUAAAAUUGUAAAUAACAUUUUUCUACAUUUUGUAUCUAGUCAACGUCUGCCGUAAUAAUAGAUAAAAAGGAAAUCUGAUCUAAAUCUAUCAAAAUAUGGUCUAUCUAUUUUAAGUUUUGAUUUAAGUAAUUCACGGCGCCAGAAAUAUCUUCUCAAAUAAAAUUAGAAUCGAUUUUGGAAUCGGCUCAGUAGAAGGACAGUACUGACUAUUAUUUCACGCAAAAUUCAAAUAUAGAAUACAAUAUGAAAAUUGGUUAGCCGUCCAAAAUUCAAAUAUAGAACACAGUUCAAAUUUUUCAAGAAAAUGAAAUCAACAAAAAUGGAAUAACUUUUUGUAAUUAAAAACAAUUCUGAGAUUAUAUGAUAAUAUUAUCAGCCAGUCUGCCAAAAAAAAAAAAAGAAUUAAAAAAUGUAAAUUAAAAAUGUAUGCCGUCGAUUAGGUACUUGAUGUGACCAAAUUAGUGAAACGUUUUCUAUAUUUUUGUAGGACUUGAAACUUUUUAUAUGUGAAUUUUCUAUUUAGCUGUGUAAAAUAUGGAGUUUGCUCCGACCAGUAAGUAGUGUAUGUCUAUGCGCGUGUGGCGUUAGAAUAAAAAUUUAAGAGAAACGUGUUUUUUUUUAACUUUAUUUUUAAAAUUAUAUUUUUAGGAGGCAUUCCGGUCGAUCUGAUUUACUUUUCGAAUCAAAUUAUAUCACCUAAAUGAAUAAAAAAAGUGUAAUAGAUGUCCUAAAUCAUGGUUCGACAAGCUAUAUUAGACUUUCCACCGUAAAUCUUGAAGCUUAAUUUUGAUUGACUACGGACUGUAAAUUUUUUUGUGUGUAUUUAAAAAUUCUGUAUUAAACUUUUUAUUGGUCGAUGAUGGGUUCUCAAACAAACACAUAAAUAUGUAUUCGUUUGAAACUACUUCUUUUCGAGUGUGUAUUAGUGUAAUAAUACUGGUGUUAGAUAUUAUCCUAGUCGCCUAAAGGCAUCUGACAUGACUUUUACGACUACACACCGCGUCUGUUAGCAGGUAAUCGAAUAUACACUAGACGAGUUUUAUUAAACAGUUUCACCAAAAAAUUGCCCGCAGCGCCAUAUUUCAGUCACAAAUUUUCAGUCACGAAAUUAGUACAGUUGACCGCACGUUAAAUUAUCCUGCAUGCAUCUUUUUGUCGAAUUUGCAAUCAAUUUGUGUAUCUUGAUGUGCUGUGGACUGUACCUAUAGUGUGUCAUUAAACAUGUCGGCUGUCUGUGGAGGUUAUUAGGUUUAGAAAUUAGUAGGUAUAUCCAUCAUACACCAAUGAAAAUUAGUAUAUUUUUCGUGUUCCUCAAAAUUAAAUUCUUCGAUUAAAUAACUUCAUGUAAUCUAAAACACUGAAGGUCUGUUUCACCACUUUCUUAUAUCUGAUAAAAUAUUUUUUUUUGUAAUCUGACAGAUAAGUUAACUGCUAGAUAAAAUAUGCCUGAAGUUAUUUGCCAGUGAACCGUAUGUAAAACUGUGAAUUACAAUUUUGUAUGUUCGAUAUGUUACAUAUAAUAGGCUAUCAGAUACUUUAUCAGCAAACGGUGAGACAGGCUCUAAAAGUAAUAUUAUUUUGUGUGUGUAGUGUGACUUUGUUACUUACAUCGCUCACCGUCGAGUCGACUCGCAGUGAGACGCAGCUAACCAAUCACAGCGCGUCAUUGUGACGCAACGACAACCACGCCGUAAUGUGAUUGGUUCGCUGCGUCUCACUGCGAAUCGACUCGAUAGUGAGAUGUGAUAUACCAAUCCGCACUUUGCCCACGUAUUUAGUUCGACCCGAGGUUCUGUAUAUAGUGUCUCGACGCCUCGACAUGAUUGUAUGUAAUUUUUGUAUCUGCUUUUGUAAUAAACUUUCCAAAUGUAA